GCCAGGCGCGGUGUAAAAACAGAUCUACGUAAUGGGACAGCGAACGUGUCUCCUAAUCGCAUUGGCGGUCUUAGGUGUUUACGGAGAUGAACCAAACAAGUUAGUAAAUGGAAUACCUACCACUAUAGAGAAAAAUCCUCAUUGUGUCUCCCUAAGAAUCAACAAUAGUCACUUUUGCGGCGGUAGCAUAAUCGGUUCACAAUAUAUUCUAACUGCCGGACAUUGCGUGGCCCCUCUAUUUUCUGACGACUCUCUAAGGAAAUCUGUGACCGUUGUUACUGGCACAACUUAUCUCGAUAAAGGUGGACAGGUUUAUAAUGUGGAAAAAUUGUGGCAUCACGAUAAUUAUAAUCCUCGCGCAUUGGGUAGAGGCCCUCAUGACAUGGGCUUAAUAAAGCUUACGUCGCCGAUUGAGUUUAGUCCAACGCAAAAACCAGUUAAACUUCCAACAAAAAAUGUGACAAAGAGUGAUAGCGUUACAAUUGCUGCCUGGGGUUCUACGGAUUUUAAUAAACCCGUACAUAACAAUUUACAAAAAUUAACCGCGGAUGUCAUGCUUCCAGACACAUGCCAGAUUUAUCACAGUUUCAUUAUGAAGAUUUAUAAGAAUGAGUUCUGUAUCCUUAUCAAGGAAGGAAUUGGAUUAUGCAAGGGUGACAGCGGUAGCGGAUUGAUUCAAGACAGCGACGGAACAAUUAUUGGUUUGGUAUCUGGUGGGAGACCGUGCGCCAAAGGUUAUCCAAACGUAUAUACCAACGUUUACCCCUACCUUUCUUGGAUCAAAGAAAAAAUGACGGAAUGAUAUUAUUUCUUUUAUAUCAUAUGUUUUUAAAACUU